AUGGAACUGCAACAGAGUCUCAGGUCUCUUUAUCCAGGCCUAUUCUGCCCUCUAUUCAGGCACUUUCUAGCUGUCCUGCCAGCAGAGAUGCAUUUACUAUGCGGCGUCCACUUCGACGAUACAGUCACUCUCAGACUGCUUCCGUCUGAUCUCACAGCCCUCCAGCCUCCAGCCUCCUUUCUUCUUCUUUUCUUCUCUUCACCAUCACAAUCUUCUUCUUCUUCUUCUCCAUCUUCUGCUUCUGCUUCUUCGUCUUCUACUGCUUCGCCUUCAACUUCGACUUCUCAGGCGUUUCCUCUUUCGGCCAUCCCGGGACUGCCUGCCUUCCUCCGCCUUGCCCUGCCCCUCCUUUCGACUGACGUCCGCAUAGCCUUUUUCUCCCCCUUCGCGCCCUUUUUUUUUCUCCCCGUCGUCAGCUUCAUCUUCUUUUCAUCUUCUCUUCAUCUCCUUUCAUCGUCUUCUGCAUCUCGAGUUAUCACCAGCAUCAAGUUCUCCGUUGCUAGUCUUCGUCGUUCAUAUCUCAGAGGCUUCUCUUGUUAUUCUCCUGCUUUAGUUCCCCAGACAACCGCUGUUUUUACAGUCGGGACCGUCCUUUUUGCGUCCUUGAUACCCCUCUGUGUCCCUCGUUCCGUCUUCUUACCACCCCCAGAAUCCAUCAUCUUUGCCGUCAAGCAGCUCUUGUCUCACAUGUAUCCUCAUAGGAAUUUCAACGCUGACAUGAAGGCCGUGGGCGGUUUUAGCGGCUACCCUGCUGUGUACAAGCCGGGUAGACGUCAAGCAUAUCCUCAAGCUAGAACUUACUGGAGACCAGCCAUGCAGGUUAAAUCUCAGGCUGAAGCUACGGCUCCGCAGUGCCAGGGAACUGGCUACAUGCAAGAAAAUCAGCCUCACCACCCGUAUGUUGGUCAGCAGACCUAUGGCCCACCAGCUGGGGUUGCCAACAACCCUAGCAAUGUUAAUGGAAGCGUUUUGGCCCAUCCUUUCAACAAGAUGUCUCUUCAGAGCCAGCCAAACGGCUCCAAGCCUUUCCCUGUCAAAGGUGGUAUGCCAAUGCUCAAUGUUGAUAUGCCUGGUAUGCAGCAUUACGGGCAGUACAUGAUGGCCCCCAAUGGGCCCAUGUUUGGUGGCUACCCUCCAGCACCGCAGUUUGGACAGUUCCCGAUGCGUGCUACUGAUCAAGGUAGCUCUCUCCAAUGUAUUCCUCCUAAUUUUUACCCCGGCUUUCCUACCAACCCUCCCUUUACUCCGGAUUGUGUAUCUGGGUAUCCCUGGCCGUAUUAUCCAAAUGGUGAUUUUCCAAACCACGGGAAUAUUCCCUUUGAUCCACGGACCUCUGUUGACGAAGUGAAUACAGGCAGCCCUAAUAUGGGUCUAUCUGGACCGCCACAGGAUUAUUACUCUGGUGCUGCUCCAGUUGACCGCUCUUCCGCACCGGGUUAUACGUAUAACAACCCUACACCUCAGCAGCUUCUUCCUUACCAAAUGAUGAAGACUGGCUCUGGUUAUGUCCUCCAGGACCUGGAUGCUCUGCUCAAACAGGAGCCUCCUAUCCCACGUGCUGUCCCUGCUAUGUGGACUAACCCUUCCGAUCUAACUCUAGCAAAGUGCCUUGAGAACCGUGAAGGUAUUACUAAUGUCUACAUCCGUGGGUUCCUCCCGGAGACCACAGAUGAAAUGUUGCAUAACUAUGCCUCACGUUUUGGCAAGAUUGACAGAUGCAAAGCGAUCAUUGACUUGGAGACCGGAUUGUGCAAAGGGUAUAGUUUGAUAUCUUCUGUCUCUGUUACACAUUUACUAAUUGUUCUCUAG